UUAUAUGGAGGAAUAGGAGGACAUAGAUAUAUAGAGGGGCGCAUGGGGGAAUAAAGGACUGUGCAGUCUCUAGAAGCAAAAAGUGAGCAUUAUUAAGUAACUAAGAUUGGGGCAGUAGGGGAACGGAUACAUAGUAGACUGAAGGGGGAGUUGCAGAAAGAGAUUACUAGUCAUAAGGGAUAUAGCAAGAGAUGGCUUAGAUAAUGCAGGACAUGUUCUCAUUGUCAUUAUCAAUUCCAGACUCCGUCAUGGAUGACCCUGAAGUCACUGAGGCACGAUGUGUGUUCCGAGGAAUUGAACAUGUGCUGCGCGUCCGAGAUGCUGGUGACCGACUAGAGGUGGAAGUGGAAGACGCUGUCACAACUGAUCAGUGGAGAGGAGAGUUUGAUGCUGAGUUUAUUGAGGAUGUGACCCACAAGACGGGGAACUUUAAGCAAUAUGCCAUCUUCUGCAACAUGCUUCAUUCAGCCCUUACACAGUCUAGUGAGUCUGUGACCCUUGACCUUCUGACCUAUGCUGACCUUGAGUUGCUGCGUCACAGGAAAGCGGGAGGAGCCUCCAGACAAGCUCUGCCCACUAGAAAUUCAGCCCUCAGCUCCAAGCGCUACUUGAUUCUCAUCUACUCGGUGGAAUUUGACAGGAUUCAUUACCCGCUUCCACUGCCCUAUGUUGGAAAGCCAGACCCUGUUUACCUUCGCCAGGUCAUCCGAGGCUUGAAGGAAGAGGUGGCAGCUCUACGGACAACAGCAGGUGAAGGUUCCAGGGAGAGUGAGGUCCGGCGGCUGCGAGAAGAACUCCACCGGGUGACUGAGGAGAAGCGGGAGGCAGAACUUGCUCUUCACAGGCUGCAGGAGGUAGAGAUUCCCAAUAGUAAAGAGGCCAGUCAGGUUCGCAUCCUGAAGAGGGCAGUGCAGACGCUAGAGGCGGAGCUACAGAAGGAGCGAAGCAGGAGUCAGCGGGCAGCCAGCAAGAAACGGGAGGAAUGCAGCCAGCUAGCAGAGCAGCUCGAGGAAGCGAGGGCCGCGGAGCGUACUCUGAGGCUAAAGGUGAAGACUCUGACCACAGAGCUUGCCAUGUACAAACGAGGACGUGUGACUCCCACAGGUCCUUCCCCCUCGAGUCGUUCUGGCUCUGCAGGCAAGGCUCCCGUAUCCCGCAGUGGCUCUCGGGGAGAUAGCAUGGGGAGGAGAGACAGGUCUAAUUCACGAGAGAGGAUUGGGAGGUGUUCUGGAGAUGUGAGACCAGGAAACCGGCAACCAAGGAUGUCUCCUUCACCUGUGGGUGUCCGUCCACCACGAUUUGACCCCACAGCAUACAUCAAAGACAGGGACCGCAGGCAGAAGGAGGCAGAGCUUAAGAAGGUUCGUAGAGUUUCCGGGUCACCAUCAAGUAUCAGAGGCCAGCGACGCAGCUCCUCAGUUGAGAGCCUUCGAAGUCAUCGAACCUGCCAAAGCUCAGGCGAUGAAAUAGAGGACACAGAGCUGCUUGGCAGGAGUACUGACAAACGGGUGACGCCUCGAGGCAGAAGACCCUUUGCCCCGUCCUCCUGGAACAGUCGUAAUCCGGGUGCUCAUGGGAUUCAAGAUAAAUCUACAGGAAGAAAACGUCUCUCCAGCACUCCGGCCAAUGACCGUAAAAGUGAAAAAGAAAAUCGCUUUGACCCCCUCUCAGAUCUCUCAGACAUUGAUGCACGGCUGCAGGCAUUGCAGGAUUACAUGAGAAAUCUUGACACUCGCAGCUAAAGUGAUUCCCACGGUUUGUGACAAUGAAUGCAAUAAAAAAUGGCUGACCUGCUUUGACGAUACUUGGGGGAAGUGAGACAUGACACCCCCCUUAGUAAAAGCUCUCCUGCAGUUCUGGGAUUCAUCUUGAAUUAAACAAUGGGUGCAAUAGAAAUUCCCUGGCAUCUGGUCGCCAGUGAGAAUACAUCACCAUUCUACUUAUCGCCAGUAUCUGUAUUACUGAUUGGUCACCCGUGCAGACACUUUGUUUUUAACUAUAUGACAAUCCUAGAGACGUAAAAAGUGUGUAGAAUGAGGCUGUUUAAGAAGAGGAGGUAGAACUCCAACUAAAAACUUGUGAGAUGUACAGACACUCGAUUGUAUCUUGUUUGACCAAACAGAAUGUGUGAGCGCACACAGGACCACAGUUAAUACCACCUUGUGGCUGCGUUAUGCUCUCGGCUUGCGCCACUGAGUUAGGACUGCCCUGGAUUACGCAGUUUAUUGCAGCAACUUAUGCAUUCCUCGUACACAACGAACAAAUUGUCAUUUUAUCUCUGUGCUUUAAAUGAAAGAGGAGUAUUGGAAUUUAGUCGUCCAUGUAAUCUGUUACCUUCUAUCAUAGUGAAAGCUCAGUAGCCAACGCACCAUAUCAGGGACAUUUAAUUAGAAGCCAGGCACAGCAUUAGCAGCCAAGCGGUGAAAAGGAGACAGAGUAUUUCUAUAUGGUACAAGUAACGUAAUCCAGCGGAUGACCCUGCCAACCUUGUGUGUGCUACCUCCUCACACUGGCGCACAAAUUCGCUUUCACGUGUGAUUAGAACAAGGGCGGCUGCAGAUUGUGUGGGGCCCACAAUGAACCAUGUGGAGCUGCUCUGCAUUUUGCUGCUUGGAUCAUUUUAUUGUAUUUUUUUUUUUUUUUUUUUCUGAAUUUUUAUAUUGGAAUUUUUAAUUUAUUUGGUUUUAUUGUAACUUGUAAUGAAGGUUUGAGACUGUAAUGUUUAUAUUAUAUUUAAACA